CUCUCUCUCUCUCUAUCACGAUGACUGGGUCAUCUGCUAUCUCCGCUCUUGGAGAGCAUCUCCGGAGCAAACCAGUCAUUGCUUUCCUCGCGCUCGCCACACACUACGUUCUCCAUACCUUUGAAUGGGACACCAGGUUCCACCUGAUCCUAUACUCGUGGGCUCUAGGCUUCGGGGGUAUUGCACUUAUCACAUUCAUGACUGGUCAGCAUGCCGGGGCAAUAGCUGCCACAGUUCAGAUGACGGCUACGGUAGCAUCGCUUUAUUUCAGCGUUCUGUUUACUAGCAUCUUGCUGCAUCGUGGAUUCUUUCAUCGUCUUCGAAAGUUCCCAGGGCCUAUCGGGUCGCGGUUCUUCAAGGCACACGCAAUCUACGCUGGAGUUUUCCCUACUCGCUUCCGACACUUUGAGUAUCAGCAGCAACUACACGAAAAGUAUGGAUCAGACGUGAUUCGGACUGGUCCAAGAGAGGUCACGGUUUACUGCGCUGAUGCCAUUCCACUCAUUCAUGGACCGGCGUCUAAAUGCAGAAAGCCUCUCUCCAUCUAUGGAGUCUUCAGGGAAGCCACUGGUAUCUCGCUCCAGACAACAACAGAUAAGGAGAAACACCGUCAGCAGCGCAGGGUAUGGGAUCGCGCCUUCAACGCCAAAGCUCUGCGCGACUACGAGCCUCGCCUCAAUCGACAUGCGGUUACUCUUAUAUCAAGACUGAAAGAGCAAUCAUCAAAAGGUCCAGUAAGAAUCAACAAAUGGUUGAACUUUUACAGCUUCGAUGUCAUGGGAGACGUGGCAUUCAGUCGUAGUUUUGGUUUGAUCGAAAAGGGCGAAGAAACUGAUUUUAUCAAGUUACUUCAUGAGGGUAUGGAUCCGCUCAGUGUGUUUGCUCAUCUCCCUUGGUCCUUGAAUCUUGCAGUGCGAGCAGGCGCCGGUGCUAAGGCACUAGUUGAGCACACGGAGUGGAGUCGUAAGGUACUCGAGGAACGAAUCAAGACUCCGCCAAAAGAAGAUGAUGUUUUCUCGUGGGUGCUGGACAAAGAUGAUGCUCGAGUCACACCAAACAUGACUGCUAAUUCUCACCUUCUGGUUGUAGCUGGCAGCGAUACGGUAGCGGCAACACUAUCCUUGCUCGUCUAUGAACUAUGUGCAAAGCCACACAUUCAAAAUAAACUUCGCCAUGAAAUCGAUAAAGUCCAUCCAGGGCAACCUUUCCUCGACUGUAGCGAUGUUACAGACUGCGAAUAUCUCAAUGGCGUCAUCCACGAAGCACUGCGACUGCAUCCCGCAGUCCCCUCUGGCGCUGCACGUGAAACACCCCCCGAAGGCCUUACCCUCCCCAACGGAACAUACAUACCCGGCAAUGUAGUCAUAUGCACACCCGUCUACACAAUCCAGCGCGACCCCCGUUACUGGGAGAAGCCGCUAACCUUUAUGCCCGAGCGCUGGACGUCUGAAAACCCCAACGCCAUCAUCGACAAGCGCUCGUUUAUGACUUUCCUUUCGGGACCGUACAGUUGCAUAGGACAGAAGCUGGCUAUGAUUGAAAUGCGCAGCGUCGUGGCCAACUUGGUGCGAUCGUUUGAGAUUACCUUUGCUGACGGCGAGGAUGGAAGCGCGAUUGCGAGUAGGAGCCGCGACUGCUUUACUAUGAAGGUUGGCGAUUUGGACGUCAAGCUUACGCCUAGGCAAUCCUGAGGAUGAAGAUGAAAAGUGAGGCCUAAAGUUGAAUGGGAUUCCUUGAAUCCCCCUUUCGCUACGCCUCCGUUUAAUUAUCUACUUGAUUCUCUUUUUUGUUUGGAGCGAGGGGACACUUUUUUUUUUGGGGGGGGGGGGGGCAUACUUAUCAUCGGCAAAGGCCCAGUUCAGAAUGGCGACAAGUUCCUGAUUUCAAGUAAAGUAAAGUAAAAAUCUUAUGUAGCAACUCCUCAAGUUUG